GAGCGAGUUCUACUGCUAAGCCAGACACUGCACCGAACAGGUCUCUGAACGUCUCUGAAAUAUUUUUUCUUCUCCUCCGCGUGCUGAAAGGAAAACGGUUAUCCUCUCCUCUCCUCUCUCACCAGGUGUGAAUAGGUUGUUCCUUGGUAUCGUCUUUCCUUGGUCAUCUCUGUCCUGUCCUGUACCGUACUUCUGAAGAUAAGAGGCCUCUGUCUGCACCGACCUCAAAUCACCACCUCGAGUCUCACACUGCCUUACCAGCUACAAGGAGAGACUCCCCUGGUCGCCACUGACCACCAGCAUGGCAGACGGUCGUCAACGUGAAGACACCCCCCCCCAGUGGGAUCCGUCGGGGGCACAGGACCCCUCUCCUCCCCCAGCCCAUGGGGCUAAUGGCUACCCCCCCUCCUACAGGGCGUGCCAGCCAGGGACGGCCCAUGGAGCAGCACCACCCUCCUACACCGCCAGAGAGAAUGGCUUCAACGGCGACCAUGCAGUUACGGCUGAGCAAGUGUCUGCGCGGAUCGUGCAGGAGGUGACAGCCGAGGCAGUGGCAGUACUGAAGGGAGAACAGGAGACAAGACUGCCCUCGGUUGAAGACACGGUGAACCUGCCUCCCUCCCCUCCUCCCUCACCUGCUGCUGAACACUGCUUUGGACCCCUGGAUCAAGAUGUAGGGGAUGAGGAGGAGGAGGCCUGCCCUCUCCACCACUUCCAAAAUUCUCGGGAGAGGUGCAAGUUCCUCGCCCCCUCCAUCUCUGUGUCUAUGCCCGAGGAUGACCCCUACCACUCUGACGAGGAAUACUAUGAUCACCCCUUGUUCAGCCCUGAGUGGGAUCGCUCGGUCUCCUCUCGGCCCUCAGUGCCGGCCGCUGCCUUUAGACAGAUCCAAGAGACCGUCGAGGCUCUUACAGACACAUUCGAGGAGGAGGAGGAGGAGGAAGAGGUGUUGGAGGAGGAGAUGGAAGGGGCAGCAGCAGAAAUCGCAGCAGCUCUUGAGGAGCUGUGGAGUGGGGAUGAGCCUGAGCUGGACAGCCCCCCAGCCGAGCCCUUAGAGCAGGCAGUGGCCAUAGGCGAGGCCCAUACUGUGCCACCCAUACAGGCCGAGGCAGCUAGUGCCGCCCCAGAAGGCCCUAAUGGGAGGGUGGAGGAGGAAGAGGUGGCAGAGGCUGAGGGGGAGGAGGAGAGUCCUGAGGAAGCCUUGAAGAUGGACACGGACAAACCAGACAGCGAGAGGAGUGGAUCCCUCAGCCCAGACUUCACUGAACAAGAGAGUCCAGCUUUCCUCAGCAGGGACCACACAGCAGCACCCCUGAUCCCCAAAACAGACAUGGCUUCCCCUUCCCCUUCUCUGUCCCCUUUACCUUCAAACAGCCAGAGCCAAGCCAAAGAGCUUAGCAAAAUGUCUAUACUGGAUGAACCUAAAACAGUCUCAGAGAAGCAGCCGUCAGUGGAAGUUCUUGAGUCCACUAACCUCACGUCGGAUUCAGGGUCUGGGUUCACUACAGCUAGAGACCAAGGUCAAGGACAAGAUGUGCCAUCUGACUCUAACGAAGACAAAUCGGGCAUGUCAGCUUAUUUCGAGACUUCGGCCCUGAAGCCAGACGAGGGAUCCAAGGGGGUUCAAGCAGAAGGUUAUUAUGAACUGAGUACCGCAGGAGAAGAGAAGAAGGUCUUAGGGAGCAGUUCCCCAACAGUUCCGUCACCCCUUGAGAUCAACUACAGCAUGCUGGCACAAACACAGUCAGUGGAAGAGAAAUCAGACACGAUGGGAGAUCAAAAGGAGACCUUACCGGCCCUGGACAGGAGUAACGAAUGUAGGCUGUCUCCUGGGAAGCUGGCCCUGGAUCAAAGAAGCUACUCUCUCAAUAUAACGAUUGGAUCGAUGGAUCCCAGUGGUCAUGGACGACCUAGAAACUUCUCCCCACUGGCCACGGAUAUCAUGUCUUUUACCAGCGGCAGUCUGGAGGAGUCUGCCAACUAUCUCCCAAUCACCAUCCCAUCUGUGGAGAAGGAGCCACCACCCUUCCAUCCCCUGAUCCUGGAGACGGCAGCCUCAGUCACGUCCGACUCUUCAUCUCCUCCCCACAACACAGCAACAGAGACCCCCGGUGAAAAGACCAGUCCCCAGGGGUCAGAGUCCCCAGAAUCUCCCUUCCCACCCAAAUACUACUACAAAAACGGGACAGUCAUGGCUCCUGACCUACCUGAAAUGCUGGACCUUGCGGGCAGCAGGUCUAGACUGGCUUCUGAGAACACUGACCCUGAGAUCAUGAGGAGGAAGUCUGUCCCUGUGGACGCCCAAGUCCUUGGCAGCGACUCUCUGGCUAACCUGGUUCUGGGGGACCAGAGCCAGAACCAGAGUCUUGCCAAGAGUGAGAGCCAGCUGGAGGAGUUGGGUUACUGUGUGUUCAGUGAGUACUCAGGGCCCAUGCCUUCCCCUGCUGACCUCCAUAGUCCCAUUGACUCCCCGCCCCAGCGCUUUACCCCUAUGGCUCUGGAGGAAAAGAUGGCGGAGGAGAAACUGAAAAUCGAUGCCAGAGACAAACUAGCCGAAGACGACAAGACCAGUCAGUUAGCUGAGAGCGCCGGUUCCAAAGAAAAAGAAGAAACCAAACAAAUGGGACAGGAGGAUUCAGCUUCAGAGGAAAAAGACAACAAAAAGAUCAGCCAUGAAAAUGCUUCCAUGGAAAACCAAAAAGACAAACCAGCUUCAGCUGUGAAGUCAGCCGAGUCCUUUGUAACUCCUACAGUGACGGUUACCCUGGAAGAGGAGGAGAAGCUAGGAGACAACGGACCCGAGACAGAUGCUGAGAUGGCUGCCUAUGAGAGGCAGAUCCGCCGGCUGGAGAUGGAGGACAGGCCCCUGAGCAUGGAGGAGGAGCGGGAGCUGCAGGAGCUCAGGGAGAAGGUGAAGGACAAGUUCCUGGUGCACCAGGAGGCAUACGAGGAGGUGGAUGCUGAAGACGUCUACCAACUGACUGGAGUUGCCAAGGACAGGAUCGGCAGGCCCAUUAGGCCCUCCCCAGCCUCCUCUGUGGAGAGUACCACAGAAGAAGACAAUGUUUCAGUUACGGAGACAGAGAAACCUAAACAGACGGAAGGUCAGACAACACCAAAGAAGGUUGACAUCAUGGUGAUGUCUCCAUCUGUGUCAGUUGGUGGUUUGAGCACCACAGAAGAGGACAAGGUUUUAGUUACAGAGACAGAGAAACCUAAGCAGACAGGAGGUCAGACAACACCAACAAAGCUUGACGUCAUGGCAACGUCUCCAUCUGUGUCAGGUGAUGGUGUGAGCACCACAGAAGAAGAUACAGUUCCUGUUAUGGAGACAGAGAAACCUAAACAGAAUGGAGGUCAGACAACACCAACAAAGCUUGACGUCAUGGCAACGUCUCCAUCUGUGUCAGGUGAUGGUGUGAGCACCACAGAAGAAGAUACAGUUCCUGUUAUGGAGACAGAGAAACCUAAACAGAAUGGAGGUCAGACAACGCCAACGAAGGUUGACAUCAUGGUGACUUCUCCAUCUGUGUCAGGUGAUGGUGUGAGCACCACAGAAGAAGAAAAGGUUCCAGUUAUGGAAAUAGAGAAACCUAAACAGAAUGGAGGUCAGACAACGCCAACCAAGGUUGACAUCAUGGUAACUUCUCCAUCUGUGUCAGGUCAUUGUGUGAGCACCACAGAAGAAGAAAAGGUUCCAGUUAUGGAAAUAGAGAAACCUAAACAGACGGGAGGUCAGACCACACCAACCAAGGUUGACAUCAUGGUGACUUCUCCAUCUGUGUCAGUUGGUGGUUCGAGCACCACAGAAGAGGACAAUGUUUUAGUUAUGGAGACAGAGAAACCUAAACAGACGGGAGGUCAGACAACACCAACAAAGCUUGACGUCAUGGUGACGUCUCCCUCUGUGUCAGGUGGUGUUGUGAGCACCACAGAAGAAGACAAGGUUCCAGUUCCGGAAAUAGAGAAACCUAAACAGAAUGGAGGUCAGACAACACCAACCAAGGUUGACAUCAUGGUGACUUCUCCAUCUGUGUCAUGUGAUGGUGUGAGCACCACAGAAGAAGAAAAGGUUUCAGUUACGGAAAUAGAGAAACCUAAACAGAAUGGAGGUCAGACAACGCCAACAAAGAUUGACGUCAUGACGAUGUCUCCAACUGUGUCAGGUGGUGGUGUGAGCACCACAGAAGAAGACAAUGAGAAAGUUAGCAAAGAGGAGCUGAAGGAGCAGGUUGUAGAGGUCAAAGAGAGGACCAUGGAAGAAAAUAAAAAGGUAGAGGGGGAGGAAGAGGAUACAGAGCAGGCAGUGGAACCAGAUGAAAUCAUGAUAAAGAUAAAACCAUCAAUGCCUGUAGAGAAAGAAGAGAAGGUUGAGAAGGAUAGAAUGACAAACAAGGAGGAAGAGGAGGAGGAAGAUAGUGAAGUUCUGGCAGGGGCAGGAGCAGCGUUGAUUGAUGUUCCAGAACCCAGAGCUGCCAUAGAGUCAGUGGUGACUGUAGAAGAUGACUUCAUCACUGUAGUCCAGACCAUCGACGAGGGUGAGGAGCCAGGACACAGCGUGCGUUUUUCCACUCCGCCCGAGCCUGAGACACCAGAGGAGGAGGAGGAGGAGUCCCAGGAGGUGGAGAUCAUGGAGGCAGCUAGUCUAGAGGAGGUGGGGGAUGUCUCAGAGGAGGUCCUUGAGAAGGAGGUGCAGGCCUCCCCAGAGAAGGAGGUGCAGUUGGAGACCGAGGGACAGACAGAGAGCUACGACAGAGACGAGACCACCAUGGACGACUCCAUCCUAGACAGCUCUUGGGUCGAUACUCAAGAUCUCUCCACUGUAGAUGUGGAUGAUGACAUGAUCAUGGCUGCCGAGCAGAUCGAGCCUCUGAGAGCCGACCGGGUCCCAGCCCCACCAGUCAAGAAGUACAAGACUCUCCAGCAGCAGAAGCAGGAAAAGCAGCCAGUGAAGCCCAAGGCUAAAAGUGGGCGUGUGAGGGGGCGCGAGGGGUGCGUCUCCACCCCUGAACGGAAACCCGUCCGCAAGGAGACUGUCUGUAUCCCCAGGGAAGACAUCAAGAAGAAAAAAGCCGUGAACAAGAAGACUGAUCUGACUAAGAAAGCAGAGACGCGCUCCUCUCCAUCCCGGAAGAGUGUGUUAAAGCCUACUGCGGUCCGACACCCAAGUCCCGCCCAGCCCCAACCCCACCCCUGUGCUAGGAGGAAACCUACAGUGGGUGUACCAGAAGGUCGUCGGCCCCUCAGUGUAGCUAGACAGUCUCGGGACAGAGCCUCAUCACCACCAUUAACAAAGAUCCCCACCUGUAAAACGCGAGUGGUCGCCCUCCUGCCCCCCCGCCCUAACUCAUCCUGCUCCUCCCACACUAAAAAGAACUUGCUGGGGGAGGUGGAGCUUGAUAGGCCCCGCCCCUCCUCAGGUGGGCCUCGUGACUCUACCACACUACCCAGACUGAUAUACCUGGAUGGCGGUUCGCAGAGCCCAAAAAGGUCGUCCCUGCCCCGGCCUGCCUCUGUCCCGCGGCCUGCCUCUAUCCUCAGCCGGCGUACCCACCACCAACCACAUGAACAGGAGGAGAGCUCCACCUCUAUCACCAGCUCCGGCUCUACCGCACCCCGUAGACCCACGUCAUUCAGUACAGAGGUCAGGGCGGAGCAUAGGACAGGACGCGCCCCUAGUUGGACAGGCACACAGUCGAUGCGUUCCCGUUCGCUGUGCACCACAACCCGCACCCCAGGGUCCACAGCCAUCUCCCCUGGGACUCCUCCCAGCUACAGCUACUCCUGCCGCACACCUGGGACUCCUCUCACCCCUGGCACACCCCGUUCUCGAAGCCUGCUGCAGGAGAAGAAGGUGGCUCUGCUCCGCACCCCUCCCAAGUCACCUGCUACCACUCCCAAACAGCUCCGCAUCCUUAACCAGCCCCUUCCCGACCUCAAGAACAUCAAGUCCAAGAUCGGCUCCACAGACAACAUCAAGUACCAGCCCAAGGGGGGACAGCAACACAGAGGCAGGGGCCAAACGGCCACCACAACAGAGCCCAAACGCAGCCCGUCGUGGAUCUGGAGAUUGCUCCUUCGCCUGGUCUCUCUCUCCUUAUAUCUGUCUGCUGCACACAGUGUGACGUGGGCCCCCAUGCCAGCCAAAGACCAACUGAUUCAGAUUUUAAACAAGAAGCUGGACUUCAGUCACGUACAGUCAAAAUGCGGAUCCAAGGAUAACAUGAAGCAUUCUCCUCGUGGAGGCCAUGUGCUUAUUCCCAGUGUUAAACUGGACUUUAGCCAUGUUCAGUCUAGGUGUGGCUCCCUGGACAAAAGACAGUAUGCUGCGGGAGGGGGAAAUGUGCAGAUUCAGACCAAGAAGAUUGACCUGAGUCACGUGACCUCCAAGUGUGGAUCGCUGGACAACAUCCGACACCGUCCAGGGGGAGGUAACGUGCGCAUAGAGAGUGUGAAGCUGGACUUUAAAGACAAGGCCCAGCCCAAGGUGGGUUCCCUGGAUAAUGCACACCACACCCCUGGUGGAGGCCACAUUAUGAUCGAAAGCCACAAGCUGUUGUUCCGUGAUAUGGCCAAGGCCCGGGUGGACCACGGGGCGGAGAUCAUUGUGACCCAGUCUCCGGUUAUGGGCAUGUCAGGGACUGUGUCCCCCCACCGCGACAGCCACCUGUCCUCCUCUGGCAGCAUCAACUUGUUGGAGUCUCCACAGCUAGCCACUCUAGCUGAAGACGUCACCGCCGCCCUGGCCAGCAGGGCUUGUGAGCGGCUUGACCCCCCCAGCCCAGGCACCAGAUCUCUUGACCUUCCCCCUGCCUCCAGUCCACCCCAGCUCCGGACACCUUCCCCCUGCCUCCAGUCCACCCCAGCUCCGGACACCUUCCCCCUGCCUCCAGUCCACCCCAGCUCCGGACACCUUCCCCCUGCCUCCAGUCCACCCCAGCUCCGGACACCUUCCCCCUGCCUCCAGUCCACCCCAGCUCCGGACACCUUCCCCCUGCCUCCAGUCCACCCCAGCUCCGGACACCUUCCCCCUGCCUCCAGUCCUGAACCCCUCAACUUGCCUCAAGUUCAACCUGACCCCAAGCCUUGGACUCCCUCACUUGCUUCUAGUCCAGCCCAAGUUCCCUCAUCAUGACUCCACCCAGCCUCCAAUCUCCCUCCAGUCCACCCCCAGCCUCGGGUACCAAACAGCCCACAAAAAUCUCUGCCUCAACCCUGCCUCAACCCCACCCUGCCUCAACCUCACUCUGCCUCAACCCCACUCUGCCCCCCGGAAACCUUUCUCUGUGCCUCCAUCCAGCCUCUAUCCUUCCCUGCUACCUGCCAUGUGGUCCAUCUCAAACACCCUCACCCCACCAUGCCUCCCAUCCAUCCCAGGCCAUGGACACCCUCACCCCACCAUGCCUCCCAUGCAUCCCAGGCCAUGGACACCCUGACCCCAUCCUGCCUUCUGUCUAUUCCAGGCCCUGAACACCCUGAACCCACCCUGCCUUCCGUCCAUUCCAGGCCCUGGACACCCUGAACCCACCCUGCCGUCCGUCCAUUCCAGGCCCUGGACACCCUGAACCCACCCUGCAGUCCGUCCAUUACAGGCCCUGAACACCCUGAACCCACCCUGCCUCCAGUCCAUUACAGGCCCUGAACACCCUGAACCCACCCUGCCUCCAGUCCAUUACAGGCCCUGAACAUCGUGAACCCAACCUGUCUCCAGUCCAUUACAGGCCCUGAACACCCUCUUCCCAUCUUGCCUUCAGUUCAACCAGCCAGGCUCCCUCACCCUGUCCCAGGCCUCCUGUCAACCCCAGCCCAGAUGCCCAGACACCUCCCCAUCCUGCAGCAGCUUCAUACUCACCGUCUGAUGUAGCUGCCUACCCCACCCUAUGUCAACAAGACAAAUUAAGAAAAAACAACAACCCUUAUGGAACUAGAGACUAUUUAGAAAGUACCUUUGGUCAAUUGUUUGUUGAUAUUUCCAUUCCAAGUACUUGUACUUUUUUUCUCCAUCUUUUUUUCUGGUGUAUUUUUUUUAAUGCUGCGUAUAGAUAGAUAGAUAGAUAGAUAGUGUCCAAGCACUGACUCAAGAUCAGCUGUAGCUCUUUGCACAACAUAAUCUGGGUAUGGGCCAGGUAUAGGGUGGGCUGGUCUCUGUUCAGUUCUUAGGAGCAGCCUUUUCUUACACUAAGUAGGAAGUCACGUGGCCAUGCCCAUACAGUACUCUACCCAUGCCAAUGCCGCCAGCACGUCUUGUUUUGCUCAGUAAAGUGCAUGGACGCCAGACUCAACAUUCACCAUACAUCAAGCAUCCUUGCAGCUAGUCCCAGAUCCAAUAUAUAAUAAAUAUAUAAACAGUAUAUUGAAAAUAUGUAUAAAUAUACCAGCUCUUUGUCUUCAACAACAUCUCUUCGAAAAACCAUUUUAAAAAGUGAUUAGUCCUAUAAGUAUCUUAUACCUGAAAAAUUGCAUUAUUUCAAUAACUAGAUAAUGGUAUGAUGAGCAUGUAUUGAUUCUAGUUAGAAAAAGAGGCUAUUUUCUAGUUCAAAUAAAAGGAUUUUAGUAAGUUAUUUCCUUAAUCGUUGGAUAGAAAAAUUAACACUUCAUGUUUUUGUAGAUAUUAGUUGACUAGUAUGUUAUGCUUGUUGAAGUUGACUUCAGAGAAUUGUGCUGGUAUUGCUAAGGAGUACAUCUUCCAGGCCUGCAACAGAGUACUAACGGCCCUGCAAAUGACUAGCGCCCUGUCCUGGUGGCGUACAGUAGUUGUACAUCAAGCUGCCUCCCAUUACAGAAACAGGAGAUAAGCUCCUGCCCCUAUGGGCCGUUCUGGCUCGGACCAGGCUUACUUUAAUUGCAGAGAACUAACCAAUGCUACUCUCUCUGGGAGCUGUUCUACUAAAAGGCUGCUUAACCAGUCCUAGUUUAGUUUAAGAGGAUGCUGCUUUGAUUCUCAUCUCAAAUAUCUCAGUUCAAAAGAAACGAUGAUAUAGCUAGGAGCUCACAGAAGCUGUGAUCACAAUCCAUUCACCAUGCUAGCAAUAGGCAUUGGAUGGCUGUAAGUUUAGUCCAUAGUGUUCGAUGAACUCCCCAAGGCUCUCAGAGCAGGCUGAGAUUGAACUCACGAGGGCUUGCAGUUGUCUGAACCAUAUUGUAGAUGAAGCUAUUAUUUAAAGAUGACAUUUACAAAGCAGCUGUGGAACUCUGGACCCUGUGUCCCUACAGUUCACUUCUGGAUGCUAGGUUUGUUUUGUGUAAAACAUUCAGGGGGGAAAAGAAAGGGGGAAAAGAAAUAAAAACUACAUUUCAUAAAAACAAUCUUUAAAAAAAAGGAAACUCAACAAGUCAUGUUGCAUCUGUUUGAUAAAGUGUUCCUCUAUAUUUUUUCUGUCGCUAUUUUGUGGUAUUUAUUCCUCCUUCUUUUAGUAUUAAUGUUUGCUUCUGUGUUGUUUCUGCACCCCCCUAUCCCCUACCCCCUAAUCCCUGAUCCCCUAACCUCUACCCCAACCUACAGUAACUGUAAUUGUAAUUAAAAGUAGAUGUACGCAGUUUUUCUCCUGUUGAUAUGAUACUGAUAACAAAAUGCUCUUAACAAUUAAAGACAAUAAAAACACUGAAAAACA